CCCCAUAUACCGAGGGUGGCGGGUUCUGGCUCCGGCCAAACUGCAACAAAAAAAUAGCCAGGCGUUGUGGUGGGCACCUGUAGUCCCAGCUACUUGGGAGGCUGAGGCAAGAGAAUCACCUAAGCCCAGGAGUUGGAGGUUGCUGUGAACUGAGUGCCAUGUCAAGGGUGUAGUGAGACUGCCUCAAAAAAAAAAAAAAAAAAAGAAAAAGAAAAAAACUUGAACCACUGCUAACAGGUUGGUUUUGCUUGGAUUAUUUAGUGUAUGUGUGUGGGUAGUUCAUUAAUUUUAAUUCUUUUUGUUUUUGUGAGCAGUUGGUGAAGCCGCCGUGGGGCAGAACGCAGCUAGCUCUGAGGAGAAUCACACUGGGUGCACGGAACCAGGCAACUCACAAGUGAUGGCCCAGGGCGGCGCCUGUGGCUCAGUGGGUAGGGCACCGGCCCCAUAUACCGAGGGUGGGGGAUUCAAACCCAGCCCCGGCCAAACUGCAACAAAAAAAUAGCCGGGUGUUGUGGCGGGCGCUUGUAGUCCCAGCUGCUCGGGAGGCUGAUGCAGGAGAAUCGCCUAAGCCCUUGGGCUCACAGCUGGAGGUUGCUGUGAGCUGUGAUGUCACACACUCUACCGAGGGUGACAAAGUGAGACUCUGUCUCUUAGAAAAAAUAAAAAACAACAACAAAUGAUGGCCCAACGUUUUGCAAAGUCGGUUCCUUACCCAAGCCUACAAAAGCCUAGCGCCGGGAACAAAGACUUGCAGCAGCGGCGGCGCCUGCGCAGAGCGUGUGCACGCCGGCUUUCGGAACGAACUCUUCCGCGGUGCAGCUUGGCCCCGCCUCCUGGAGCGACGCGCCGACACCGUGGUGACGUCACGGCGGAGUUGCUAUGGCGUCGCUGAUCGGCCUGGCGUCGGCGCUGGAGUCUUACAGGGGUCGGGACCGCCUGAUCCGAACUCUGGGGUACUGCUGCCAGCUGGUUGGUGGGGUCCUGCUGGAACAAUGUCCUGCCAGUUCUGAAGUGGGAACGCGCUUGCUGGCAGUGUCCACCCAACUCAGCCACUGUAGGACCGUCCUACGACUCUUUGAUGACCUGGCCAUGUUUGUCUACACUAAGCAGUAUGGCCUGGGGGCAGAGGAGGAGGACAUCUUUGUCCGCUGGGUGUCUGUGCUGGGCAACCUGGCCGACCAGCUGUAUUACCCCUGUGAGCACAUAGCCUGGGCCGCCGAUGCCAACAUCCUCCAUGUGGAUGCUUCUCAGUGGUGGACGCUGAGCACAGCCUUCUGGGGCCUGUCCCUGCUCCUGGGGGUUGCCAGGUCCCUGCGGGUGAUGCUGAAGCUGAGACAGAGGCUGCGGAGCCCCGUAGCAGCUUUCACCAGUCAGCUGUGCAGGAGCAAGCAGAGGACUGUGGAGGUGCAGAUGCAGCUGGAGGCGCUGGCGCUCCUCAGCAAUCUGGCUGACUUGGCCAACGCUGUGCACUGGCUGCCCCGGGGAGUCCUGUGGGCUGGUCGCUUCCCCCCGUGGCUGGUGGGCCUCCUAGGCACCAUCUCCUCGCUUCUCAGCAUGUACCACGCAGCCCAGGCUGAUGGCCAGGCUGAUGCCACUGUCCCCUGAGGCGGAUGCAGCUGGACCCAUACAAAGGGCUGCUUUCCACAGAGCAGGAGUCACCAGGCUGUGAGGUCUCCCCAGGGCCCAGUGUGGGCUCAUGGGGGAGCUAUCUCUCUGCACCACAGGCCAAGACCCCAGGGCUCCUGAACCCAGCCCUGCUGUGACAGAGUUUGUAGAGGGUGCUGAGGGCCUCAGCAACACCUCCCGUCCACUGGCCAGCAUCUUGUAUCCAAAUAAAGGUGAACA